CAAAGUCAAGCAAAAAGAAAGCCAACCAUCAAUGGGUGAUCAAGCUGUGGUUUCAAAACAACUUUCUCCUAUAGAAACAAGUAUUUGUGGGGCGGUUGCGGGUGCAGCUUCCAGGCUCGUCGCCUCCCCGCUUGACGUAGUCAAAAUACGUCUUCAG